CGCUCCUGCCCGCAAGGUGAGCUGUGAGCUGCUGCUGCUCUCUCUCCGCUUGCUCCGGGGCUGGAUCCUGCUCGCCUUCCCCCCCUGCCGCGCCAUCCCAUCCUUCAAAGUGAGGGAUUAGCCCUGACCUGCUUGGCAGCGGGAGGGAGGCGGAAGGAGAGGGCUUGCUGCAGUUAAGGACGUGUAUAAAUAUGGGGUGAUGAAUGUUCCCUGGGUCUCGUCUGCGCCCUGUGGCAGCACUUUGGGUUGGACUUCAGCAUCCUUCAGGAGAUGCUCCGGGGCACUGAGGUGGGUGGUCAUACCCAGCUUUUCCCCACCACGGGGCUCUGAGCUGGGUGCUGGCAGGACCUGGUUGCAGAGAGGACGAGUUGGCACUUUGAUGAUGAUCUCAGGCUUGUGUGAGCAUUGUGCUAUCGGUUCAUGCAUCGAUUGAGGGGUUGCUGGGGCAGGGGCUGUGUUUUGGAGCUCACUGGGGGAUUUGGAUGGCACAAUCUGGGGUCUCUGCUCUCUGCUGCCUGCUGAGCCGUGGCCUUGCUUCUCCGAGCGGACUCCGGGGUACUGGACCUGAAUACUUAAGGUUUUGCCUGUCAGGAGAGAACUUAACCUGGCAUCCCCUCCCUCUGUCCACGUCUCAAUUCUGCUCUACUUCAUGGAGCUUUUGCAAUUAAAAAAGACCAGGAGCCAAGCAAAGUACCCUGUAGCUGCUUGCAAGCGGGAAGAGUGAGUGUACACUAAUUGGGAUAUUGUGCUGCCUGCUGGCUGGCCCUGCUUGCUGGAGGAAGAGCAGGUGGGGAAAGAAAUAGCCUUGAUUUUCAAAAAGAUGCUGUGGAGCUGGUAGGAACCAGCGUGGCUUAAGCUGGCACAGCCCUCCCAGUGCCAGGGCUGGGCUGGAAUCUCUGGUGCUGGUGGAGCUGGGCUCCUUCGCAGCUGGGGAUGGGUGCAGGUGAGUGCUGGGUGCUCUUGGCUGAUUAUUGCUGCAUCUCCUGGGCUGUGACCAGCUCAGCUGCUGCUGGGUUUAACGAGCCCCAGAAAAUGCUCUGGCUUUGAGCUGGGAGAUGAUGGAUCCUGCUGCAGGCAGAGCUCUGGGGAGUGGGGUCUGUCCGGAGUGUGUCCCCCACAGUCCAGCCCGGGCAGUGCUGCAGGGAUGUGCAGGAGGAGCUGUGUGAAGGAGCCACAGAGGGGAUGCCUGGGGUGGCUGGUUGCUCCUCCGGGCACUGGAGAGGGUUUUACAGCAGGAGAUCUCUGUGAUGUGGGGGAAUUUUUAAUCGGAGUUUGAUUUAAUGGAAUCACAGAAUGGUUCGGGCUGGAAGGGACCUUAACGCUCACCCAGUUCCAGGCCUUGAAAUGGGCACGGACACUUUCCACUAGACCAGGUCGCCCAAGAGGGGCUGGCCUGCCCAGCUGAGCCCUCUCCUGUUCCUUGCAGGGCCCUCGGUGGCUGACGGUGCCGGUGGCCCGGUGGAUGCUGUGCUGGUGGAAGUAGGAGAAAGCAGAAUUUCUCCUUCCUUCAGGCUGGGGUAAGCACCAUGGUGAGUGGUGAUCCCACCCUGUUGUUGCCACCCUCGUGGUGCCCCUGUGGAGCCGUGCAGGUGGAACAGGAGGGUGGCUGUGGCCCCUUGCUGCCCAGUGUGUGUGGGUAAGGAUGUUCCCUGCUCCGUGAGCACCUGCUGUGGGCAGGUGUCUUCCUCCAGAUGUGCACCUCCCUCCAGAUGUGCCCCUGGUGGAGCAGCUGCUUUGGGGAGGCUCAGGCAUGGUGGAACCAAGGUCUGGGCUGUGUGGGAGCAGUGAGCUGUGUGUGGCUGAGGAGCUGCUGGGGACAGGUGGGGGGGACAGGGUGCUCAUCUGUCACCCCUUGGAGCAGGGGCUCAUCGGGUAACUCCGGCUCCAUCUCCCCCGUGAGGGAUCCGAACCAGCUCCCUCCUCCUCUCCCCAUUAUUUGUGCUUUCUUCUUGCCUGCCGUGAUAUUUUUACCUUCAGUUCGUUCAGAUUAUAUGAUCAAAGGAGCCACAAAGGGGAGAGAACAGAGAGGGAAAACGCUUAAAAGAAGAAAGGGAAAGGCAGUGGGCUCUGGGGGCACUGCCAGCUCUGCGGGAGCUGCCGUGGGCUCUGAGGGUUUUCCUGGGAGCAGCUCCAUGGUGUGAGCAUCCCACCUUUGAUGGGCAGAAGUGUUGCAGCUCCAGGGAUGAGGGUGGGAGAGCUGACCUGCUUUUGCCUGGUGCGGGGCUCUGUGGUGUCUGAGCAUCCCUUCAUCUCCCCAUCCUCCUCCUCAGCACGGGCAGAGCCUGACCCGCUCCCAGACCGUGCAGGAGCCUCAUUCCCCUGCUCUGUGCCCACUGGUGAUGCGUGGUGUGGUCCUUGCAGGGGAACAGGACCAUGCAGAGGUCUGAUCCCUGUCCCUGAUCCCCAUCCGAGCUGGGCUCUCUCGGCAGGCUGGGGCGGGGGUUUUGCUGCAGCAUUCCCAACCUCCUGCCUUUGGAAGCACGGAGCCGGGCACCGGGUAAUUCUGGUUCCUUAAAAGCCCCGGCUGUCAGAAUCGCUUUGGAGAUGGGCCUUCAAGCGGCUGCGGCGGGCGGGGAGGUGCAUAAUUUAUGGAGGUGAGUUGAAACCUGGGUCCUCCUGGCUGGGAUGGCUGCGGAACAACGGGAGCACCUUGGGGCUGGUGAGACUCUGUCCAGCUUGGGUGCCGGCUCUGGGCUUGAGCUGAGAUUAAUUUAAGCUGUUUCCUUGGUCUCGCUGUUGCUGCUCGUCCUGCCUGGGGAAUGCAUUUGCCUGCUCGGCUCCUCGCUGCUUUUGGUGCCUGCAUUAAUCAUGCGCUGCCCUCAGCAUCCAUCAGCGGCUGCUGGGAGACGACGGCGGGGAUGGGCAUGAGGGCGAGCCUGCCUCGGGGGGAAACUGAGGCAGGGGCUGUGCUGCUGGGGCAGGGACAGCUCAGGUACUGUCGAUAUCUGCUGCUGGAAGCCGUCGAUAACGGAAGCAGCUGCUGGUGCAGGAAUCAGUGCCCUGAAGGGAGAGCGGCAGGAGCGCGGGGCUUUGGGUUGUUACUCGGAUCUGGAACGCUCGGUUUCGGCACAGCCUGGCUCUAGCUGAGGAUGCAGACCUCAGUCUGUGGGCUCCAGACAAGUGGAAGGUGACUGAAAAACCAGCUGGGAAAAGUAGGGGUGUUUUAGGAUAGUCAGGGAGCAGGGCUGGGGGUGUGUGUGGGCUUUGCUGCACUCUGAGCGCUUUCCUUGGACACCCUCUCAGUUCCCUUAAGAAGGGACAGGGCCCCCUCUGAGCUGGUCACUGACCUGUGCUGCUCUGUGGGGCAAUGUCCCCGAGGCCCCAAAUCUAUUUUUUGCAAUAAUCCCCAGUGCUUAUUUCCUCUGAUGAAAGCCUGGAACAGCCAAUGUCCUUUUCCCGCUCCUGCCUAAUUUUCUCUCCCCUUUUCCCCAUCCCUCCAAGGUCUCCGGAGGAAGGACCCGAAGCUUUGCGUGGGCUCGUGGCUCUGCUGCUGCCUCUCCUGUGUCCAUCAUGGUGGCCAACAUCCUGCGGCUCUUCAAGAUCCCUCAGAUCAGCUACGCCUCCACGGCGCCGGACCUGAGCGACAACAGCCGCUACGACUUCUUCUCGCGCGUUGUCCCCUCGGACACCUACCAGGCCCAGGCCAUGGUGGACAUCGUCAAAGCCCUCAAGUGGAAUUACGUCUCCACCUUGGCCUCCGAGGGCAGCUACGGUGAAAGCGGGGUGGAGGCCUUCAUCCAGAAGUCCAGGGAGGAUGGCGGGGUCUGCGUGGCCCAGUCCGUGAAGAUCCCGAGGGAGCCCAAGCCGGGGGAGUUUGACAAGAUCAUCCGCCGGCUCCUGGAGACCUCGCACGCCCGCGCCGUCAUCAUCUUCGCCAACGAGGACGACAUCAGAAGGGUGCUGGAGGCGGCCAAGAGGGCGAACCAGACGGGGCACUUCAUCUGGAUGGGCUCAGACAGCUGGGGCUCCAAAAUUGCCCCCGUCCUGCACCUGGAGGAGGUGGCCGAGGGCUCUGUCACCAUCCUGCCCAAGAGAGUCUCAGUCAGAGGUUUCGACCGCUACUUCUCCAGCAGGACCCUGGACAACAACCGCAGGAACAUCUGGUUUGCCGAGUUCUGGGAGGAGAAUUUCCACUGCAAGCUGAGCCGGCACGCGCUGAGGAAGGGAAGCAGCAUCAAGAAAUGCACCAACCGGGAGAGGAUCGGCCAGGACUCCUCAUAUGAGCAGGAGGGGAAGGUGCAGUUCGUCAUCGACGCCGUCUACGCCAUGGGACACGCCCUGCACAACAUGCACAAGAACCUGUGCCCCGGCAAGGUGGGGCUGUGCUCCCGCAUGGACCCCGUGGACGGCGUGGAGCUGCUCAAGUACAUCCGCAAUGUCAACUUCUCAGGCAUUGCUGGGACUCCUGUGACAUUCAAUGAGAACGGAGAUGCUCCAGGGCGUUACGACAUCUACCAGUACCAGAUCAGGAACUCCACCCCUGAGUACAAAGUCAUCGGGCAGUGGACAGACCACCUGCACCUCAAGGUGGAGAACAUGCUGUGGCCGGGGGGCGGGAGCCAGCAGCCCAGCUCCAUCUGCAGCCUGCCCUGCAAGCCAGGAGAGAGGAAGAAGCUGGUGAAGGGCAUCCCCUGCUGCUGGCACUGCGAGCGCUGCGACGGCUACCAGUACCAGCUGGACGAGUUCCACUGCAAGCGCUGCCACUUCAACGAGCGGCCCAACGAGAACCACACCAGCUGCACGCCCAUCCCCAUCAUCAAGCUGGAGUGGAGCUCGCCCUGGGCCGUGGUGCCCGUGUUCAUCGCCAUCGUGGGCAUCAUCGCCACGCUGUUCGUGGUGAUCACCUUCGUGCGCUACAACGACACGCCCAUCGUCAAGGCGUCGGGGCGGGAGCUCAGCUACGUCCUGCUCACGGGCAUCUUCCUGUGCUAUGCCACCACCUUCCUGAUGAUCGCCGAGCCCGACCUCAGCACCUGCUCGCUGCGCCGCAUCUUCCUGGGGCUGGGCAUGAGCAUCAGCUACGCCGCGCUGCUCACCAAGACCAACCGCAUCUACCGCAUCUUCGAGCAGGGCAAGAAGUCGGUGAGCGCCCCGCGCUUCAUCAGCCCCGCCUCGCAGCUGGUCAUCACCUUCAGCCUCAUCUCCCUGCAGCUCGUCGGCGUCUGCAUCUGGUUCAUCGUGGACCCGUCCCACUCUGUCAUUGACUACGAGGACCAGCGGACUACAAACCCCCACUUUGCCCGGGGCAUCCUCAAAUGUGACAUUUCGGACCUGUCCCUCAUCUGUUUGCUUGGGUACAGCAUGCUCCUCAUGGUCACCUGCACUGUGUACGCCAUUAAGACCCGCGGGGUCCCGGAGACCUUUAACGAAGCCAAGCCCAUUGGGUUCACCAUGUACACGACUUGCAUUGUGUGGUUAGCCUUCAUCCCGAUAUUUUUUGGGACGUCGCAGUCAGCGGAAAAGAUGUACAUCCAGACCACGACGCUGACCAUCUCGGUGAGUCUGAGUGCCUCGGUGUCCCUGGGCAUGCUCUACAUGCCCAAGGUGUACAUCAUCCUCUUCCACCCGGAGCAGAACGUCCCCAAGCGCAAGAGGAGCCUCAAGGCCGUGGUGACAGCGGCCACCAUGUCCAACAAGUUCUCCCAGAAGGGAGGGUUCCGCCCCAACGGAGAGGCCAAGUCGGAGCUCUGCGAGAACCUGGAGACGCAAGCACUGGCCACCAAGCAGACCUACGUCAGCUACAGCAACCACGCCAUUUAGCUCCAGGAGCAGCAAACAGGAGGGAGCUGAGCCUGGCAGGGACAGCACCACAGGACAGGCAGGUGGCAGCCAGGGGACACACCCCAGGGCAGAAUCCUGGGGGAAAACGCCAUCAACAGCAGCAAAAAAAUCCAUAAAGAAACACAAAAACUCUUCCAGCGCCCACGGUGGCGAUGCAUGGCUCCCACGGAGGGGGGACGGAGCACGGGCAAGAGGGCACGGACUUCAGCAAGUCUUUGGGUUUUGUUUUUUCCUGUAUUUUGGCAAAAAAGAGGAAAAAAAAAAAAUAAGAGCCCCAGCAUUUUCCCUUUUCUGGAAUUUGUGAGAUUGUUUGUGGUUGUGCAGAACCUUCUGUUUUCUCUUUUUAUUUUUUUUUUUAAUCCUCCAUUUUCUUUUGUUCCUGUCUUCCUCCGUCCCUCUUCACUCUCUACCCCCCAUAUCCUACCAAAUUCUAUAUGUUGCAAAAAGGAAAAAUAAAUAAAAAUACUUAAAAUUUACAUUAAAAAAAAAGACAGACAGCAAAAUAAAAUAAAAUAAAACCUAGACUGUGUUCAAAGUGCUGAUUUCUAUAGGUGGUUCCUUAAUGUAUGUGAUGACCAUAUGGAUUGAAAUAUGUCUGCUUUAUGUACUGACCAGUCAAAAAACAAAAACACACAAAAAAACAAAGUUCAGUGCCUGGAUGUUUAUGAAUUAUUCGAUGACUGUGUAGAGCAUGAUCAUUUUUAUACGAGGAGAAUUUCUAAUAAAAGACCCUGGUUUUGCACUCGG